CAAACACUCCCUCCCCAAACAUACAUCAACAUCACCACACACUCACAACUAAACCCCAAAACCACCCAAUUCUAAAACCAAAAUGCCCGGAGGACUAACAACGCACCUAAAAACCCACAACCCCUCCACCUACCACAGCGCAACGACACACCCUUUCCUCGUGGCCGCGGGCAAGGGCCAACUCCCCAAAUCCACGUUGGCCAAAUGGCUUUCGCAAGACCGGCUCUAUGCGCAAUCCUAUGUCCGAUUCAUUGGACUCCUGCUAUCUAAAUGUCAACUUCCGCAUACGCCCAAUAACGCUGAGACAGUGCUCGAGCGACGGAUCGUCGCGGUGCUCAUCGAUGCGCUGGUGAAUAUUCAACGUGAGAUCGGCUUCUUCGAGGAGGUGGCGAGGGAGUAUGGGUUGGAUUUGGCAGUUGUGCCAGAGGGGGAGGAGACAUUCGGGCCGGGGACGAUUACGCAGGCGUACAUUGAUAUGUUUAUGUCGGCGGGUAGUCCUGCGGCGAGUUUGUUGGAGGGAUUGGUUGUUUUGUGGGCUACUGAGGUGUGUUAUCUGGAGUCUUGGGAGGGGGCGAAGCGGGUUAUGGGGAAUGGGAGCGAGAGUGGGAGUGGGAAAAGGGAUUUGGAUGGCGGGGCGCUGAGGGAGAGGUUUAUUCCUAAUUGGACGAGUCUGGAGUUCAGGGAGUUUGUGGAGGGGAUUGCGGAGGUAGUUGAUGCUCUGGCUUCGAGGGUACUGAAUAAUGAGGAGGGGGACGUGAUGGCCCGGUGUGAAAGGUGGUGGAGGCAGGUGAAGUGGUUGGAGGAGAGGUUUUGGCCGGAUGUUCCUGUUGCGGAUCAGGACUGAGAUGCUGUUGGGAUUGAGUAAAGAUCAAUGAUAUGAUAUGGUAUAAAUGAUACUAAUAGCUAUAGGUACAUUAUCUCAUUGCUCACGUCAAGUACAUCAGAAAAGCAGGAAAACCAGAGAGCCUCCUGGUUAAAAAAUCACGACACCAUCCAUUCAUUCUGUUUGCUCCGUUCUAUGCGGGUCUGCUCUAGCAA